AUUUGAUUAGCAAAAAUUGCGCCAAAAGCAGUGCCAAAGUUAGCAGAGAAGCUCUCCGUGGCGUAGGCUGGAGCUAUAGAGUUCGAAGACUUGGUUAGUAGCCACGAAUCUCCGACAAAUUGGCGGGGUUUUGCAGAGAAGAACCAAAACAAAAGACCGACCGAAAUCGAAGGAACCGAAUUUCCAGGCCAUUUCAAGAAUGUUGUCAUCUCCACAGACCCAACGACACGAAGACAGGAGAGGAAACGGAAGAAGAAAUACGAACCUGCAUCAAUUCCACGCGAACUUUUGGUUCAUCAGUACCCUUGUCUCAAUUUCCUUUCCACUCGUUUCUUCUCGUUACCUUACCGGGUUUCUGAAAUCUCGUCGGAAAUGGCGUUGUCCGGACUGUUUUCUAGUGGAAAUUGAUGCAUUAUCUAGUUUGGGUUUUCUAGUGGAUUUGAUUAUGUGCUGAUGGAGGAUGGGAUUUCAAAUUGUCAUCUGAUCGAAAAAAUGGCGGUUAGGCAGAUCAUUCAUGGAAGAAUUUUGAAGAGUAUCCAAUUGUGUCGGAAGAGUUGAAUGUGGAGUAUCUAGCUUCAAAUUGCUUGAUUUUGGAAGAACUUUGAGUGCUUAGAUAUCUGAACCCUUCCAUUUAACUCUGCAACAAAGAAAUUUUAAGUAGCCGAGGCCUUCACUGAAGCAGCUUAGAAUGGGAACAUCCGUUAAUAUCAUUGUAGGCUCUCAUGUAUGGGUUGAAGACCCAGCAGUAGCUUGGAUCGAUGGAGAAGUCUUAAAAAUUAGUGGUGUGGAUGCUGAGGUCAGGACAAGUAAUGGGAAGAUGGUUGUUGCAAACUUAUCAAAAAUAUAUCCAAAGGAUAUGGAAGCUCCUGCUGGUGGAGUUGAUGACAUGACAAAACUAUCGUAUUUGCAUGAGCCUGGAGUUCUGCAGAACUUGUCAACUAGAUAUGAACUCAAUGAAAUCUAUACUUAUACUGGAAAUAUUCUUAUUGCCAUUAAUCCAUUCCAACGAUUGCCUCAUAUUUAUGAUGCUCACAUGAUGGAGCAAUAUAAAGGAGCACCAUUUGGGGAACUAAGCCCUCAUGUCUUCGCCGUUGCGGAUGUCGCGUAUAGGGCAAUGAUCAAUGAGGGGAAAAGUAACUCCAUUCUGGUUAGCGGUGAAAGUGGAGCUGGCAAAACUGAGACCACAAAAAUGCUUAUGCGCUACCUUGCCUAUUUAGGUGGCCGUGCUGGAACAGAAGGAAGAACUGUUGAACAACAAGUUUUAGAAUCAAACCCAGUUCUUGAAGCGUUUGGUAAUGCCAAAACUGUUAGGAACAACAACUCCAGCCGAUUUGGUAAAUUUGUUGAGUUACAAUUUGAUAAGCAUGGAAGGAUAUCAGGAGCAGCUGUCAGAACAUACCUUCUUGAGAGAUCCCGUGUUUGCCAGAUUUCUGACCCUGAGCGUAACUACCACUGUUUUUAUCUUCUUUGUGCAGCACCACAGGAGGUUACUGAGAAAUAUAAAUUAGGAAAUCCUAAAUCUUUCCACUACCUCAACCAAUCAAAUUGCUAUGAACUUGUUGGUGUAAGUGAUGCUCAUGAUUAUCUAGCUACUCGGAGAGCUAUGGAUGUUGUUGGAAUAAGUGAGAAAGAUCAGGAUGCAAUUUUUAAAGUUAUUGCUGCAAUUCUUCACCUUGGUAAUAUCGAUUUUUCCAAGGGGAAGGAAGUUGAUUCAUCAGUUCUAAAAGAUGAUAAAUCCAAGUUCCAUCUCCAAAUGACGGCAGAGCUUCUCAUGUGUGAUAGUCAUGCCUUGGAAGAUGCACUAUGUAAGCGUGUAAUGGUAACGCCAGAAGAAGUAAUUAAGAGAAGUCUUGAUCCUCAAGCUGCAACUAUCAGCAGGGAUGGUUUGGCAAAGACAAUAUAUUCCCGCUUGUUUGACUGGUUAGUGGACAAAAUUAAUUUCGCAAUUGGGCAAGAUCCUAACUCCAAAUCUCUGAUUGGGGUGCUUGACAUCUAUGGUUUUGAAAGUUUUAAGACUAACAGUUUUGAGCAGUUUUGUAUUAAUUUCACAAAUGAGAAGCUGCAACAACAUUUUAACCAGCAUGUAUUCAAGAUGGAGCAGGAAGAAUACACAAAAGAGCAAAUUGAGUGGAGUUACAUAGAAUUCGUUGAUAACCAAGAUGUCUUGGAUCUUAUUGAAAAGAAACCAGGGGGAAUCAUUGCUCUCCUUGAUGAAGCUUGUAUGUUUCCAAAGUCGACACAUGAAACCUUUGCGCAGAAGCUCUAUCAGACGUUCAAAUCUCACAAACGUUUUAUUAAACCAAAACUAUCACGAACCGAUUUUACAAUUGCUCAUUAUGCGGGAGAGGUCUUAUAUCAAUCUGAUCAAUUUCUAGACAAAAACAAGGAUUAUGUAGUUCCUGAGCAUCAGGACUUGUUGAGUGCUUCCAAAUGUUCAUUUGUAGCAGGCCUAUUCCCUCAUCUUCCUGAGGAGACAAGCAAAACUUCUAAAUUCUCCUCCAUUGGAUCUCGUUUUAAGCUGCAACUACAGCAAUUGAUGGAUACACUAAAUUCAACAGAACCUCACUACAUUAGAUGUGUAAAGCCAAACAACCUUCUGAAACCUGCCAUAUUUGAGAAUGUUAACAUCUUACAACAAUUACGCUGUGGUGGUGUUCUAGAGGCAAUAAGAAUCAGUUGUGCAGGGUACCCUACUCGUCGUACAUUUUAUGAAUUUUUACACCGUUUUGGUAUUCUUGCACCGGAGGCUUUGGAAGGGAACUAUGAUGAAAAGGUUGCAUGCAAAAGGAUUCUGGAAAAGAAAGGACUCAAAGGAUAUCAGAUAGGCAAAACCAAGGUCUUCCUCAGAGCUGGCCAGAUGGCCGAGUUAGAUACACGUAGAGCUGAGGUACUUAGCAAUGCAGCCAAAACUAUUCAGCGACAAAUACGAACACAUAUUUCUCGGAAACGGUUUAUUGCAUUGAGGAAGGCUUCUAUUCAUUUGCAGUCUUUUUGCAGAGGAAGACUGUCUUGCAAACUCUACGAGAGAAUGAGAAGGGAGGCAGCUGCAGUGAAAAUUCAAAAGCAUUUGCGUAGACAUCUAGCAAGGAAGGCUUACACCAAACUUCGUUUAUCAGUGCUUGUCUUACAGACUGGUUUAAGGGCAAUGGCUGCUCGUAAUGAAUUUAGAUUCAGGAAGCAAACCAAAGCAGCAAUUAUUAUUCAGGCCCAGUGGCGCUGUCAUAGAUCUUAUUCAUACUAUAAGAAGCUCAAGAGGGCAUCAGUUGUUUCUCAGUGCAGAUGGAGAGGAAGAAUUGCCAGGAGAGAGCUUAGAAAGCUCAAAAUGGCUGCCAGAGAAACAGGUGCACUUAAAGAAGCAAAGGACAAGCUAGAAAAGCGAGUCGAAGAACUCACAUGGCGUUUGCAGUUGGAAAAACGUCUAAGGACUGACUUGGAGGAAGCAAAAGCACAGGAGAUAACAAAACUCCAGAAUUCUGUGCAAGCUUUGCAGAACAAACUUGAUGAAACAAAUGAAUUGCUUGUCAAGGAACGAGAAUCUGCACGUAAAACAAUUGAAGAAGCACCUCCUGUUAUUAAAGAGACCCAAGUUCUUGUCCAAGAUACCGAAAAGAUAGAAUCUUUAACUGCGGAAGUGGAAAACUUGAAGGACUUGUUGCAAUCAGAAAAGGAAAGGGCUGAUGAUUUUGAAAAGAAAUGUGCUGAAGCUCAAGAAUCAAGUGAAGAAAAACAGAAGAAGUUGAGUGAAACAGAAGGAAAAGUUAAUCAGCUUCAGGAAUCUUUAAGCAGGCUCGAAGAGAAACUUACCAACUUAGAGUCGGAAAAUCAAGUUCUCCGCCAGCAAGCUUUGUCCAUGGCAGCCAAUACAAAGUUUCUUUCAGGACGUUCUAAAUCAAUUAGCCAGAGAACUGUUGAUACUAGUCACAUUGCGGGGGAUUCUAAGACACCUGUAGAAAUUCAUAGUCCAAAAACCCCAAGGGAACAUUCAGAGUUGGAGGAAAAACCACAAAAGUCACUCAAUGAGAAACAGCAAGAGAACCAAGACUUGCUCAUUAGGUGUAUUGCGCAGCACCUAGGCUUCUCAGGGAGCAGACCAAUUGCUGCAUGUAUCAUAUACAAAUGCCUUCUCCAGUGGAGAUCAUUUGAAGUUGAGCGCACCAGUGUUUUUGACCGCAUAAUUCAAACAAUUGGUCAUGCCAUUGAGACCCAGGAUAACAAUGAUGUCUUAGCUUAUUGGUUAUCCAACGCAUCAACUUUGUUGUUGCUACUCCAGCGAACACUAAAAGCAAGUGGUGCAGCUGGCAUGGCUCCACAACGACGCCGAUCAUCAUCAGCUACCUUAUUCGGAAGGAUGACUCAGAGUUUUCGAGGGGCUCCACAAGGUGUUAACCUUUCUUUUGUCAAUGGUGGGUUGAGUGGUGGAGUAGACACCUUGCGCCAAGUUGAAGCCAAAUAUCCUGCUUUACUUUUUAAACAGCAACUAACAGCAUAUGUAGAAAAGAUUUAUGGAAUGAUUCGAGAUAACCUAAAGAAGGAGAUCUCUCCUUUGCUUGGGUUAUGUAUCCAGGCACCAAGAACCUCCAGAGCAAGCUUAGUUAAGGGAUCAUCCCGCUCACUUGCAAAUGCAGCAGCUCAACAAGCUUUGAUUGCUCACUGGCAAGGAAUAGUGAAAAGCCUUGGAAAUUUCUUGAACACAUUGAAAGCCAAUCAUGUGCCCCCCUUUUUAGUCCGUAAGGUUUUCACACAAAUUUUUUCUUUCAUCAAUGUACAACUAUUUAACAGCCUGUUGUUAAGGCGAGAGUGCUGCUCAUUUAGCAAUGGUGARUAUGUGAAGGCAGGUUUGGCUGAACUAGAACAUUGGUGCUAUAAAGCAACUGAUGAGUAUGCAGGUUCAGCUUGGGAUGAGCUCAAGCAUAUCAGACAGGCCAUUGGGUUCCUGGUCAUACAUCAAAAACCAAAGAAAACAUUAGAUGAAAUAAGCCAUGACCUGUGCCCGGUGCUUAGCAUACAACAGCUGUACAGGAUUAGUACAAUGUACUGGGAUGACAAGUAUGGAACACAUAGUGUGUCUUCGGAUGUUAUAUCCAACAUGAGGGUGUUGAUGACUGAAGAUUCCAACAAUGCUGUCAGCAACUCUUUCUUGUUGGAUGAUGAUUCGAGCAUACCAUUUUCAGUUGAUGACAUAUCAAAGUCAAUGGAACAGAUUGACAUCUCUGACAUAGAACCACCACCACUAAUUCGUGAGAAUUCAGGAUUUGUAUUUUUAUUACCACGUUCUGAGUAAUCACUCCCUGGUCUCUGCAGAGCGCCAUAUGUAUGGGUUCUCUUCCAGCUUCGCCUUCUUCCGUUUAUCUCAUUCAUUGAUCAGAUUGGAAUCCUUUUGAUGUUUGGAUAACCUCAUGCUGUCAGCAGAUUGCUUUUCUUCUUUGGACUAAGGCUGUUUCUUUGACUUCUCCUUGCCAUGUAUAAUUCAAUGCUUCAGAGGGGAAAUGUCAGUGGACUCUAUCCAUUGACACAUCCAUUUUUGCUCCAUUCUAUUGUAAAAUUUUUCAAUCUUUUGUUUGUAAGGAGUAAAAAUUUUGAAAUUUUUCUCUCCAAUGGUACAUUAAUUUACUAUAGAUGUUAGUCCCA